AUGCUGUCCCCGACAGCACUCUGCCUGCUCCGUGCAGAGGAUGUGCAAUUGUUAUCUCAAUCAGAGGGCUUCAACUUUCUGAGGAGGCAUCUGUCUGACAAUUUCGACUAUGGAUUUUGCGCAAAUCACUCCACCUACGAUCAUGAUACUCAAGCACAUUGGCUUAUGGUUCGGGAUAUCUUACAUGCUCUACUCGUGCCUGUAGUGGAACUGUUCGACAAGGCUGUUCGAGUGGCUACUCAAGCGACAAAGGCGUCAAGACCCGAGGACCUCGAAUUCGCAUACGUCGGGGACGCGCGAGCUGCUUUCAUAUGGCUACAAUGCUUCUUGUCCUCUAAGCAAGAACAAGAUUGGUGUUCUACUCGCGGCUGUCCGGCGUGUGUUGCAAAUCACUCUUUCGAGUCAGAGUUCAAUGUGCGGCUGCUUUAUGCGGCGUGUUUACUGAGCGAUGCGCACCAUUCCGACGGAAACGAGGCAUUGUGUUUGCCAAAUCUGAUUUUCUUCUCGGCCCGGCUUAGACACGCGCUCGCCAAAGACGAACUAUUCGGCAACGACUUCUUCGACCGGCUUCAUGACAAAGCCAACGCUACUCUCGAUGGCGUUGAGGAUUUGAUACAACAAGUUUAUCGUAUCGAUGGUCUCCUGUCCCAGCCUACUUCACCAGCGGUCAACGGUGAAGUUUCCGACGCCUGCAACAUCCUGCUCCCACUUGGCAAGCAACCUAUGAUGAAGCUAAAGCGAAGCAAAAUGGCCAAACGACAAAUGAAACUCAAGGCCGAGGCCGACUAUUGGAUCGAAGAAGUCCUCACCAAAUGCUGGGAUGCGCUGCAUCCCGUGACAGAUCAGCCUGUGCUGAAGCCUUCGCCUUAUCUCUUGGAUGCCCCUGUCAAGCCAUGUGCGCUUGUAUCCGUCUCAGAGCUGGCACCGAAGUGA